CAGGGCUCCACACCCGGAAUCGCUUUCAUCGAAGCUAGCGCUAAACGUGUUUACACUGAGGUAAACUAGCCUCAGGGACUUUAAUGUAAAGCAAACCAACCUUUUUGACUAAAAUGUCUUCUAAAAGUCGGGACAACGACGAUAACUUUGAAGGGCAGUCUGCACUUAAGGAGGAACUGAACAAAAAGAUCAAGGAGCAGAAAGUAGUAUUGGACGAGCUCUCCAAUCUGAAGAAGAACAGGAAAGUUUACAUCCAACAGAGGAACAGCAACAUAUUCUUCCUGGCAGACAGAGGUCAGACACUGGGUUCAUGCAAAAAGGAACUGGAUAAUAUGAAAAAGAAACUGCAGGAUAUGUAAGACUGAUCUUCACCAAGACAAUGUGCGGCAUCUUUUGUCAGUUGAGUCUGUCAUCCACUCACUUCGGGU